AAUCCUUGCCCAAUGCCCAGUAACCUAACCCUAGCAGUGCGGCCGCCUCCUCUCUUUCUCUCAAACACCAGAGACGCUCAGCUGAAAUCCUUACCCUAGCACCCGCGACCGCCGCCUCUCCCUAGACUCUCAAACACCAGAGACACGCCAAGCAUCAGUUGAAAUCCUAACACUAGCACCCGCGGCCGCCCCCUAUCCUUAGAGUCUUAGACUCUCAAACACAGACAACCAGAGAAACGCCAAGCAUCAGCUGAAAUUUGAAAGUUGAAACCAAUCAAGCAUCUCAAGUCUCAACAAUAGAUCAACAUGUUCCAGAACGGCAGAACCUAUCCAGUUGGCCUUUCCUCUUCAUCUAUACAAGAUCACAGACACAUGACAAGAUGUUAGGUCUAAAACGGACUGUACUCCUGUAGAUUUGAGAAGAAAGUUCGAUUCUAUAGCAAGGUCAGAGACACAAUUGUUCUUUUGAAUGCUCAAAAAUCCAUAUCUAAGGAAAACAAAUUUGAGCUUUGAAGAGGAAUAAUGAUAGCAGCAGUUUCUUGGGUACCCAAAGGGGUUGCAAAGUCUGUACCAAGUGUAGCAGAUCCACCUUCAAAAGAGAAAAUUGAUGAGCUGAUCAAAGCUAGUGAUUUAGAGAGAAGUGGAGAAGAUAGUGGCAGCGAGGAAGAUGACCAGGAAAUGGAUGUUGAUGCUGCCAAGCAGACCGGUGAAGUAAGCCAAGCAUUAGCUAUAGCAAAUGCACUUGACAGAAGUUCCAAAGUUAACAAGUCAGAGACCAAAUUUGAUGACAUAGCAGAUGGUCUGCAAGAACUUGAUAUGGACAACUACGAUGAUGAGGAGGAUGGUAUUGAGCUGUUCAGCACAGGACUCGGGGACCUUUACUACCCAAGUAAUAGCAUGGACCCGUACAUCAAGGAUGAAGAUGAUGAUUCUGAAGAUCUUGAAGACAUGGCUAUCAAACCAAAGGAUGCAGUCAUUGUUUGUGCAUGCAACAAGGAUGAAUUUAGUAACCUCGAGGUUUGGAUAUUGGAUGAAACAAGUGAUGGUGAUUCAAACAUAUACGUUCACCAUGAGGUUCCCCUUUCAGCAUUUCCCCUUUGCACAGCAUGGCUUGAUUGUCCACUUAAAGGGGGAGAAAAAGGCAAUUUUAUAGCUGUUGGGUCAAUGGAACCUGCCAUUGAAAUAUGGGACCUUGACAUUAUUGAUGAAGUGCAACCAGCUGUGGUGUUAGGUGGAAUUGAAGAGAAAAAAGAGAAGAAAAAAGGGAAAAAGGUGUCAAUUAAAUACAAAGAAGGCAGUCACACUGAUUCUGUCCUUGGUCUCGCUUGGAACAAGCAUUUCAGAAACAUCCUUGCCAGUGCUAGUGCCGACAAACAAGUCAAAAUUUGGGAUAUGGAUGCUGGAAAAUGUGACAUUACCAUGGAGCAUCAUACAGACAAGGUUCAAGCAGUUGCAUGGAAUCAUCAUGAGCCACAAGUUCUUCUUAGUGGAUCCUUUGAUCGUUCAGUAGUCAUGAAGGAUGGAAGGUUGCCUUCAGAUCCUGGUUUCAAGUGGUGGGUCACAGCUGACGUUGAAAGCUUGGCCUGGGAUCCGCAUGAUAAGCAUUUAUUUGUGGUGAGUCUUGAAGAUGGUACAGUUCAAGGUUUUGACAUCCGUGCUGCCAAGUCUGGAUCAGCUUCUGAUCUUAAGCCAAGUUUUACCCUCCAUGCACAUGACAAAGCUGUUUGCACAAUCUCUUAUAAUCCUUUAGCACCUAAUCUUCUCGCUACUGGAUCAACAGAUAAAAUGGUAAAACUCUGGGAUCUGUCCAACAACCAACCCUCAUGUUUAGUAUCCAAGUAUCCUAAAGCAGGAGCUAUCUUUUCUGUUUCCUUCUCAGAGGACAACCCUUUUCUGCUCGCUAUUGGAGGCUCCAAGGGAACAUUGGAACUAUGGGAUACAUUGUCCGAGGCCGAGGUUGCUAGAAGAUUUGGAACCACAACUUGCUGAAAUCACCGCUUGUUAAAGAAUUAUAAAUUUAUUUUAAUUAUAACUUUUUUAUAUAUAUAGUUAAAGAAUUUAUUUCUAGUUGUUUUGGAACAAUUGGAAGAUUUGCUAGAAGAAAUAUAGGGUUUUGCAUCUAUUGCGAAAAAUUCCCCACUAAAGUUUUUUAUAGGAGUGGGCAGAAAUUCUUUUUUUCUUGUCUGAGGGAUAUCAUCAUAUAAUUAUCUAUGACUGUUUAUACCUCUAGCAGAAUACAAUUUUUAAUUAUUCA